AUGUGCUUUUCGACGGCGCCGGCAACCCGCAUCUCGUGGGCCCCUGGGGCUCGUCGUGGAUGCUCAAGUCCUUCUUGCAAGUGGUGGCCCGCAAGGCGCGCGCCAAGAUCCUGCAGUGGCCCACGUUCCGCGCCAUCCACCAGGCGGGGCUCAUUGUGUCGCUGCAGCAGCCGCCGCUGGAGCUUGCGGACGCGCGCCUUGCGGAAUGGCCGCGGCUCGUGUCGCUCGGGCGCCCGGCCGCCGACCGCUACGCCGAGCGCUUUUUCCGCCGCAUCCACCCGCGCUUUGUAUGUUUUUCUCGCGCCGACUUCGACGCGGACAACGCGCGGUUUUGGGCGGGCGAAGCUUGUCUGGCCGAGUCUGGUCAGGCCGAGUCUGGUCUGCGCGCGGCCGUGUGCUCGCUCUACAUGGUGUGGAUAUUGGGCCGAAUGGACGCGCAAGCGGAUGCGACAGAAAUAA